GAAAUAAUAUAAAGAAAUACUUUAGUAUUCAUUUAAGACUUCUAAAGCAAACAAAAAAGGGGAUGUUGGAAAAAUGUUACGCAUAAAAUUUUUAAUAAUAAAUUGCUUACUCUUAAGCUCUCAUAUAAUAUGGGUUGAAAGUUGUACUGGUGAAGGAGGUGUUAGUGAGACAACAACAACCAAGGAUUGGUGGCAAACUUCUCAAUUCUAUCAGAUAUAUCCCAGAUCUUUUAUGGACUCUAAUGGUGAUGGCAUAGGUGAUUUAAAAGGCAUCACAUCCAAAUUAUCGUAUCUCAAGGAAAUUGGUAUUAAUGCCACUUGGCUGUCACCCAUAUAUCUGUCACCUAUGGCAGAUUUUGGUUACGAUAUUGCGGAUUUCUUUGAUAUCCAACCGGAAUAUGGCACUUUAGAUGAUUUUGAUGAAUUGAUUAAGGAGGCCAAUAGAUUGGGUCUUAAGAUUAUUAUGGAUUUUGUGCCCAAUCAUUCGAGUGAUGAAAAUGUGUGGUUUACAAAAUCCGUUAAUCGUGAAAAGGGCUAUGAGGACUAUUAUGUGUGGCAUGAUGGCUAUGUAAGUGAUGAUGGUACAAGAGUACCACCCAACAAUUGGCUGCAGGCUUUUCGUGGUUCAGCCUGGGAAUGGAACGAACAAAGACAGCAAUACUAUUUGCAUCAGUUUGCUGUGAAACAGCCCGAUUUGAAUUAUCGUAAUCCCGAUGUGGUGGCUCAAAUGAAACGUGUUCUUACCUAUUGGCUGGAUCGUGGUGUGGCUGGCUUUAGAAUUGAUGCUGUACCCUGGAUGUUUGAAGUUUUGCCCGAUGAAACUGGUCGUUAUCCCGAUGAACCUUUAAGUGGCUAUACUGACGAUACCGAUGAUCCUUCAUAUCUAUUGCAUAUUUAUACUCAAGAUCAGCCGGAAACCAUAGAUAUGGUUUAUCAGUGGCAUACUUUGUUGCAGGACUAUCAACGUGUCCAUGGUGGUGAUACGCGAGUGUUGAUGGUUGAAACUUGGUCUGCAUUGGACCAAGUUAUGCUUAUGUAUGGCAAUAAGACAGCUGAUGGUGCUCAGAUUCCCUUCAAUUUCCAAUUUAUAGUGGGUGGCAAUGGAAAUCAAAUUAACACGGAUUUGAAGGCACCAGGAUUUGUUAAAAUUAUAAAGUCUUGGUUUACAAAUAUGCCAGCAGGAAAAACCGCUAAUUGGGUGAUGGGUAAUCAUGACAAACGUCGUGUGGGCAGUCGCUAUGGUGAGAAUCGUAUCGAUCUGAUGAACAUGUUGCAAAUGUUUUUACCCGGUGUUAGCAUCACCUACAAUGGUGACGAACUGGGCAUGUUAGAUUUAGAAAUAUCAUGGGAGGACAGUGUAGAUCCGGCUGCUUGCAAUUCGAAUCCCGACAUCUAUCAACAAUCAACUAGAGAUCCAGCACGUACCCCCUUCCAAUGGUCAUCAGCUGCCAAUGCUGGCUUCUCUACCUCUUCGAAAACCUGGCUGCCCAUCAAUCCCAACUAUGUCGAUAUUAAUGUGGAAACUGAGUCGGCUCAAACGAAAAGUCAUUUAAAUGUCUAUAAGCAAAUGUCCAAACUACGACAAACGAAUACCAUACAAAAUGGUAAUAUACAAUAUGGCAAUGUGGGUGACAAUAUCUUGGCUAUAAAGAGAUCUCUACCCAAUGAAAAAACCUACAUAUUGUUGGCCAAUGUUUUGUCCGAUACUGCCUCAGGGGAUGUUACCGAUAUUAUUAAGGAAAGUGGUACUUUUAAAACCAAAAUUCCCAAUGUUAUUUCUACCAGACAAGAGGGCGACUUGGUCACUUUGAGUAAUGUUAAUUUAGCGGGUAAUGAGGCCAUUAUUUUGGAAUCAGUUUAAAUUUAGAAAAAUAUAUAUGAGUUUAUGUGAAAUAAUUCCAAUAUAUAAAAAUCUUAAAACUAAAAAAAAUUAA